AUGGCAUCAUUGCCUGCAAGGGCAUCGUGGAGAACCGCAUCAAAGCACUACUCUAACCGUACUGUUGAGGAGACAAAAGCUGAGCGAGAGGCACAGAUAGAGAAGUCCGGGCAUCCCGAUCUGCGUAAUCGCAGGGAGGAGCUGAGCCACCUCACACACCACUGCGGCUAUGAGUAUGUUCCUGAGUUUCAGCGGUGGACAAACGGCAUGAUGGCCGUAUACAGUGAUCCUCAAGGGUGUAUGGUCAUGACAUGGCAUAUCAUUACCACCGCAUCUGGAAAGCGAAAAGUCCUACACGGUGUGGUGUUGAGGACGGCAGCGGAGCUUUUGAGUUAUGCAAGAUUCAUCCAAGGUAGAAGCCAUGUUUCUGGCAGUUGA